AUGGCGUUCUUCAAGGAUUACCUCUCACUUGUUGACAUCGCGAACCUGCGUCAGCCAGUGGCGGUCUCUCUUCCGGCGCCUUACUGCCAUGACUAUUGGAUGCACACGCCGUCGCGCCAGUUCUCGACUUUAGCCAGUCGAGCUACAUUUGGACGGGAGAGCAGACAGGGUCUGCCCAUACUGCGCCUCUCGGCAUGCGUCCAUUCCGCAGGGAAACCCCUUCUUCAGCCACGAAAUGUCCCAUUUGCAGACAAGUGUCCCAUCUUCGUCAAUGGUGGCCAAAUCGGCACUGGGAGAAGUCCUCAGAACGGAGCCGUCAUCUACACGGCUGGCCUGAACCCUGAGGGCCAGAACGUCUUCGCCAUCGGCGUGAACAAUACCACUUGCUGGGCUACCAUGGCUCUGAUGUAUGCGGAAUAUCCUUAUCCUGAACCUAUUGAGAAGGCCGUUGAACUGGUAAUGUCAAGACAUCUACCUGUACCCAUUGUCAGCGACUCUUCCUGGAAGACGCUUAAAGCUGUAGCACCUGGAGGCUGGACAAGCCCGAGUUUUGAUGAUUCGGCUUGGACUGCCGCGGACGUGGAGGGACCUUCGAAGCCUCGCCCUGGGGAACUCCGCCACUGGCUCCAGACAAAUGAGAGUGUCUCAAGUGGGAGCCCUCCUCGUGGCCACAGACCCUUCCGCAAGACUUUCACUUCGCCGUAUGGGAAAGCUGCCGUCUGCGGCACGGUCGUCCUCUCCAUGGAGGGCUCCUACACGCUCUACGUCAAUGGUAAGCCUAUCGGGACCGGGUCGGAUUGGACAGCUAUGCAGGCGUAUUCGAUUCUGCAGUUGGAUCCGGGUGUGAGUGUUGUCGCUGUGGAUGGGGAGAACCUUAGAGAUGAUAUUGCGUACAAUGACGGGACGUCGGAGACGUACUAUAUUUAUGGGUCGUGGAAGACGCUGAAUGCGCUUCCUCCUGCUGGGUUCGAACGGCCGGAUGCGGAUGAUAUCCCCUUGUUCGGCCGCGAUUAUAUGGUAAUGAGUACUGGAGAGGACGGAUACAAGACAAUUGUGCCUUUUGUUAUCGCUAUGCUGAGAACGAAAGAAUUCGCGGGCUCGGCAUUGUACAACACAAAAGUCUGA